GGAACCGUUAAACUCUUAACUGCGGUUCAGGUUUCUUGUGGGAAACAUUUUGCUGUGGCACUCAUGUUUACGGACGGCAGAGCGGCUGCAAUAGAACAUCUGCAGCAAUGUCCACCAUAUCUCACGGUUUUAAAAGCAGCAAGCAAGACUUCACGUUUGGACCAUGGAAAGUCACCACGGCAAGAACCCAUAUAAUGAAAUCGAAAGAUAUCGAGCGGUUAGCAGAGGAGAUGCACAUGCCCAGUCUCCCGGAGAUGCUUUUCGGGGACAACGUUCUUCGCAUUCAGCACACCGAUGGGUUCGGCAUCGAGUUCAACGCCAUCGAUGCUCUCAGGCGUGUGAACAACAUACAGGACUCUGUGAAAGUGGCCUGCGCCCAGGAGUGGCAGGAGAGCAGAGCUGAUUCUGAGCACAAGGAGGUGGUCAAGCGCUAUGACUGGACUUACACUACAGAUUACAGAGGGACGUUACUCGGCGAGGACCUUCAGAUAAAUGUGUCUCCCACCACAGAGCGAAUAGACCUGGAGAAACUGAAAGCUCGAGAGCAGAUCAUGUUCUUCGAGGACGUCUUGCUGUUUGAGGACGAGCUCCACGAUCACGGUGUAUCCAUGAUCAGUGUGAAAAUUAGAGUGAUGCCCACCAGCUUCUUCGUGCUGCUGCGCUUCUUCCUGAGGGUAGACGGAGUGCUGAUCCGGAUUAACGACACACGGCUCUACCACGAGGCUAAAAAAAACUACAUGCUGAGAGAGUUCAGCUCCAGAGAAAGCAAAGUAUCAGCUCUACAGCAUGUUCCUCCUCCCUUGUACACAGACCCUAAUGAGAUCGCCCAGUACUUACCGCUCACGAUCACAGAGUGUGAGAAGCUUGGAUUUCCAGAACCACCACCAUCAACAGACUCUUCAAAGUGACACAAACACACACACACACACACAUUACACAAUAAAACUGCAGCGUUGGUCUCGGAUCAGUCGUUUUAUCAGAAAGGCAGAUUCAGCUGUAUGAACGGUGACGGUUGAACCCAUCGGGAUCGGGAUUGGAGACGUUUGAUGCCUGUGAACCCCGAACUGUGCACUGAUGAGCUAUACGGCAGCAUCUUGCUAUAAGCCGACUUUAAAGACUUACGGUCCGAGUCUGUAUGCGACACAGUUCGUAAUGUAACUGAAAUGUUAGUAAUUGAUGGUGAUUCUGCAUUUUUUUAAUAAACUAGAGGAUGAGUUUUGUUGUAUAAAUGGAAUAACAGGUAUAGAGCGUAAUGGAAAAUUAGAUGAAAUAAUUGAUGAGUUAUUAAAAGUAUGUGUUUGUAAA